CAGCCACAUCAGCUGUUCAAUUUUGAUAUUGCAGAAUUGGGCUUGGGAACACCCAGUUCCAAAUGCGUCUGGUUGUUUUCUUUGAACACAAAUGUUAUUAUAGGAUGUGGUUGAGACUGUUAUAAAAUCACACUAUUGUAUGCUCGAUGGGACAUUGUAUCUUCUAGACGAAAGAUUAAACUUCUUUAAGCGAAGGAGCCAUAAAGUAUGGAAGCACCUCAGAGCGCCAAUCAAAAGGUGGCAAUCGUCGGCAUCGGAUGUCGCUAUGGCAACGGGGUCGACAGCGUCAAACAGUUCUGGGAGAUGCUGACAGAAGGCCUAGACUGUACAACACCAAUACCACGUGAUCGUUUUGACGCAAGCUACUUCCUGAGUCCUGGAGAUAAAGCAGCGGGGAAACUGUACACCCAAAAUGGUGGAUACAUCUCACAGGAUCCAUACAUGUUCGACAGACAGUUCUUUAAGAUGCCACCAGAUGAGGCAGCUCAUCUCGACCCUCAGGUCAGAUUGCUUCUUGAAGUCACGUGGGAGGCUUUGGAGAAUGCUGGGAUACCCGCGUCAGCAUUACGAGGAUCUCAGACCGGUGUAUACAUGGGCGUCACUGCACAGGAGUACAACUCAUUUACAAGUACACCGUACCACAACAUGAACCAGUACAGCAACUCAGGCACCAACUCAUGCAUGGUGUCCAACCGUAUCUCCUAUGAGUUCGAUCUUCGGGGACCAAGUUUCUCAGUGGACACUGCCUGUUCAUCGUCUCUUUAUUCAGUCUAUUUGGCAUGCGAGGCACUAAAACGAAAUUCAUGUUCUACUGCGUUAGCUGGUGGGGUCAACUUGAUACUGAUGCCUACUGCUACAAUUGGCUUUUGUCAAGCAGGAAUGCUGGCAGGGGAUGGGAAAUGCAAAAGUUUCGAUCAAUCAGCUGACGGUUAUUCUCGAAGCGAAGGGGCUGGUGUGGUUGUCCUGAAACUCUUGAGUGACGCCUUGAAGGACGGAGAUCGUAUUUACGCAGUCAUACGAGGAGGUACACUCAGUAACGAUGGACGUACUCCGGGAAUAGCAAACCCCAGUUACGAAGCACAAGUUCACCUGGUGAAGAGUGCUUGCCGCAACGCCAGAGUGCACCCCUCAGAGAUAGUGUAUGCAGAGGCCCACGGUACUGGAACAAAAGUUGGCGAUAAGACAGAAGCUGGUGCGUUGGGUGAGGUCAUGGGAAGCCAUCGCGGACCUCAAGACCCUCCACUCUACAUCGGUUCUGUUAAAUCCAAUCUGGGUCAUACGGAGGGUGCAGCAGGGGUGGCUGGAAUCAUCAAAGUAGCACUGAGUCUACAUCAAGGACGUAUCCCCCGUGUAGUCCACUUUGAAGCACCAAACGACAACUUGGACCUCAAAGCUCUUCAGAUUAACAUUCCUAAGACGUUGACCAACUGGCCUAAAGAAGACAGACGUAAUCUUGCCUGCUGCAGCUCCUUUGGCUUCGGUGGAGCAAAUGCCAACCUUGUUCUGGAGAGGUCAAAUGGUGUGUCAAAUGGCAUCAAGAGCUCGAUAGACAAGAAGGACACCCUGGCAUGUCUUCUCGUAUCUGCAGCCAAUCAAGAAGCUCUUUAUCAGAGAGUACAAGAGUGGAAGAAGUGUUUCAUUGAAGAUUCAGACAACGGAAACAAGCUUGUGUACAAUGCUUCACUGUAUACCGCAGCUGUUCGAUCUCAUCACCACGCCUACCGUAUCGGAUUCAUUGUUCGAUCGAGGGAGGAUGCUCUUGAACAGCUCCAGCAUAAACUGGACAACGUCCCUCAAGAUAAAGCUCGAUAUGUGGAAGGCAUAGCUUCAGCAACUUCAGACACUAAGCAGCAGAUAGUCUUCGUGUUCUCUGGUAUGGGAACACAGUGGUGGGGCAUGGCAAGGGAGCUCAUGCGGACGCAGCCUGUGUUCGCUUCGAAGAUUAAGAUUAUUGAUGAGAUUCUCCGGAAGUGCGGAACUAAGUGGUCGUUGGUUGCCAUGCUGACAAAGGAAACAAGCAAAGAAUUGAUAAACAAGACGGAAAUCAGCCAGCCAUGUCUUUGUGCAGUGGCCAUCGGACUUGUGGAUCUUUGGAGGCAGCGUGGUCUGGUACCCAACGCAGUGGUUGGACAUAGUGUUGGAGAGGUUGCAGCUGCCUAUGCAGCAGGAUUACUCAGCUUGGAGCAGGCAGUAAAGCUCAUCUACCGCAGAGGGAGGGAACUACAAAAGACCAGCGGAUCAGGCAAAAUGGUAGCUGUCUUGCACCGUGUUGAAGACACCCUACAGCUAGCUAAGAACAACAAGUAUGGAAAGCUGCUGGAUGUAGCAGCUGUUAAUAGCCCAACUCAGGUUGUAUUUUCUGGAGACAGCUCGUCUGUCGAGGGUUUUGUUAAUGAUCUUAAGUCUGAUAAUGUAAAAUGUGUUGUACUUAAAGUCAAUAAUGCAUUCCACAGUAGACAGCAAGAUGUCGUCAAGAAUCCGUUUAUUCACAAGGUCGGCAAGUUCUUGAAUACGGAGAAAGUGGUAGGUAAGACCAAAACUCUGCCCAUGAUGUCGACCGUAACUGGUCGGUAUCUAACGGAUGAGGAAGCCAACUCGCCAGCGUACUGGUUUCAGAAUGUACGUAGACAAGUCUCUUUCAUGGAAGCCACAAAGAAACUCGCAAAAGACGGCUACCGUGUAUUCGUCGAGGUCGGUCCCCAUCCAUCGCUGCUUCCUGCUCUUCGAGGGACAUUCACAGAGUUCCAGGAUGCAGAUGGCAAAUUUAUCUCUACCGGGUCAUUAGUGAGACCACGAGAUACCAGUAAGAUAGCGGCAGAUUCGGAGAACCUUCUAAUGUCUCAGAUGAAGCUUCAUGUGAGCGGUAUAAAGGUUGACUUUCGACAUUUGUUCCAACCAGCCUACCGCCGCGUUGUAUCGAUUCCACACUACCCCUGGCAACGAGAGAAAUGCUCAAGCAUGACGCAAGAGGCAAUCAAGAACUUUCUGUUUCCAAUAGAAGAAGGUAAACAUGUUCUACUUGGUGAGCAAAGCCAGACAUUCUACUUGAAGGAGUCCCCGGUGAAGAUAUGGCGGGCUAACCUGAAUGCGUCUAGAGUUCCUUGGGUGAAAGACCACGUACUGCAAGGUGCAGUAGUUGUCCCAGCUGCUGCGUACACAGAGACGGCCCUUGCAGCAGCUAGGUCGUUGUUCACUAAACGUUAUCCAAUGGUACUCUCUGGUUUGUCAUUUGAUCGUUUCAUGUUCGCACCCGAUUGCGAAGGUUGUUUGGAGACAACUGUAGAAGAGAAGACAUCAGAUGAGUACUUGUUCACACUCAGAAGUCACGAAGAAUCAACCAAGAAAUGGACACAGCAUUGCCAUCUCAACAUUACGCGGCCCGUAGAUUAUGGUAAUGCCCAACAAUCCUCUGCAGCUAAAGUCGAUGUUGAGAGAAUUUCCAAACGAUGUACCAAAGCUCGACCAACCGAAGAUUUCUAUGGUUUGGCUCGUGAGUGCGGCUUUCAGCUUGGACCGACAUUUAGAGGAAUGGUAGCUUUUACCUAUUCCGAAGAUUGCAAAGAGGCUUUAGUGACUGCUGAAGCCCCUCCCAGUGUGCAACGAGAAUUCCAUCGUUUCGUGUACCACCCAGCCUUUAUGGACAGCAUCUUACAGUCAUUCGCUGUUUUGAUGUUGUUAACAGGUCAGGAGAAACAAGGCAUGUCCGCCGAAUCGUCGCGAUCCAUAUACCGCGUUCCAAAAAGUAUAACUCGGUUCGUUCUCCAUUCAGAAACGCCACCACGUGUCAUCAUCCACAUGAGGGUGAAGCACACUAACCAACAGUUCUUUUGUGACAUAGAUGUGGCAGACAGCGAAACAAAGAAUGUAUUUUGCUCAGUGAAGGAGCUUGUGUUUGAAACCAUUCAGGCCGAAAAGAUACAGCAUCAGGUGUGGAGUACAUCCUGGAAAAACCUCGGCACUCUUGAUGUCUCAUCAACGCAAUCAACGGCUGCUUUCCAAAAGAGGAUCGUCAUGUUUUCUGACGGUACGGAUACAAGUUUAUCCUUGAUACGCCUGUUGAAAGACGAUGGCGUCGAUCUGGCAGUGAUCGAAGGUAACACGGAUAUAACAGAGAAGGUGCUUGAGGUCCUAUCUAAGUAUCAAGACACUGACACAAUUUUCAUUCUGAUGAGAACCUCUGAAGCUCUUGGCAUUGACUUGAACACAAAGUCUGUUAUGUCGCAGAACCAAUUCGAGAAGUUGCAAGAAGAUGGCCCGUUGGCAUGUUGUGCUGUUUUUAAUGGUGUCAGGCAGAUGGCUGGUAGAAUGCAACUACAGUUACUUCUUAUCACAAAGGGAGGGUACAAGACCAACGAAGGAGAUGACAUACAACCUUUUGCUGCAGUUAAUCAAGCUGUUCCGAUGAUCUUGGCACACGAAGAAAAUAAUCUCAGUGGGAGUUUGAUCGACUUACCGAUCACAAGAGAAAGUGAAGACUGUGCUAAGAUCGCAUGGGAAAUACUUCGAAGAGAAGAUGCUUUUCUACGUGACGAAAAUUGCCUCGCCGUCCGAAAUCUAACUUCUCGGGGAACGUCAUUUGACAUUUUAACCCCACGGAUACAGAUGGACAGUAUAUCGGAGAGUCCAGGAAUUGUCCCGGCAACAUGCUGGUCAUUGGAUGCCCAGGCAUCUUCUGGUAGCAUCUUCGUAGGAAACACUCCUUUGAAGGCUACUGAUGAAGUUGACGAGGAAUCAUUCCCCGUUAAAGUUGAAGCCUUUCUAUUUUACACAUCUAGUUCGGAUGUCACAAGUAAGCAUGCUUCAUUUUUGUGUACGUAUGCAGGCAAACCAGGCAAAGAGUCAGAUCUGGCCCAAAAUAGUAGUACAUUCAUUGGAGUGACCACUUGUCAGACGAUCUCGUCAGUAAUGGCAGCAAAGUUCUCGAACCUGACAGAAGUGCCUAGUUAUUUGACCAGCAGUGAAGCUGUCAGUAUUGUUAGAGAUUUCCUACCCUAUGCCGUCUUGUUUGAUCAGGCUAUACCAGUGUCUUCUGGCAUGCGAUUUGGCUUCAAGGUCGAUGUUAUUGACGGUAGCGUACUAGCAGCAGAACAGUUAGCACGUUCCUCCGGAGCUGAAACAGUUAUUCUGAAAGAAGGCGACGAAGGCCGUGACACCAAGAACUCAAGUACCACAGUAAGAGGCUCCAACAGUGUUGAUGAGUCAUCGAUCGAUAUUCUGUUUCUGUGCACCAGUUCAUCAACACUGGACAGAUCCCUGAAGUCGUUGUUACCGAAGCUCAAAAGAAACGCCACUGUUGUGAUAAUAGAAGGGACUCACCAGAGAAACCAUACACAUCUUCCAACUCUCCCUCCUAAAAUGAAAAUGAUGAUGUUUGAUCCCAAGGUUCAGGCCGUAGUUGAGAGUUUAACAACUGAAGAUAUGUCACUUGCUUUGUCUGAUCUCUGGAAGAUGUUUGACCCAAUAACUGAGGGUCAUUUGUCAUGUAAUCUUGAAAACUUCAAAGACUUUUCAUCCCUUGCUGCAUCAAACACACCCAUUCCUGAGGAAGAAAUCAUUGAAGUAAGCGAAAAUGAAGUUCUUCUUCCAUUAUCUCUUGAACAAGAUGGCUUCAUUGCUGACAAAGAAUAUGCGUACUUCAUUACUGGAGGUACAAGUGGGUUCGGUCUCAAGUUGCUGGAGUGGUUGGUGGCCAGAGGAGCUCGUUAUAUCCACAUUGGUUCUAGGCGACCAAUGAAUGAUGAGAUCCAGAAAGUUAUCCAACAAGCUGCUACAGUAGGUGCAAAUGUUCAGCACAUUCAAAUGGAUAUUUCCAACGCCACUGAUGUCGAGAGGGAGUUGAAGAAAAUGCAAAGAGGGUCUGAUAACUGGCCAACCUUGAAAUGUAUUUUUCACUGUGCUGCUGUGUUCAAUGAUGGUUUUCUCUACAAUCUGACAACUGAAUCGUGGAACAGUGUAAUGGCACCUAAGGCCUAUGGAGCUUUACUACUACACCAGGUGACUGAAAAGUUAGGGAUUAAGCUUGAUAGAUUUCUAAUGAUCUCCUCAAUUGUGUCUCUCAUCGGUAAUGCUGGUCAAGCGAGCUACUGCUCCGCCAACGUCUUCCUGAACGCAUUGUCACAUUAUCGACACACACGGGGUUUACCGGCAACUGCAAUACAAGCAGGAGUCAUCAGCAAUGUUGGCUUUGCAGUGCGUAAGGAUCUACUCCGUAUGUGGCAAACGAACGGUGUCGACAGCAUGACUCCGAAUGAUGUUCUAGGUGCCAUUGGUUGUGCGUUGAAAGCCAAUGUACCACAACUCGGUAUUUCCGGCUACUUCAACCGCAAUCUGUACGCCAAGAGACAUCGCGGUCUCAUGCUGAAGCACUUCACGGAAAAACAAGGAACAGUGUCUAUGAUGCGAAGCAUAUUUCAUGAUCGAGAUGUUUAUCUGGCAGCGGCUGAGAACACACUGCGACAAGUUAUUCUGAAGCUCCCGGUUCCUAAGGCUCGUGAAAAGGUCAUGGAAAAGUUGGCCGAGUUCUUAAGCGAACAACUUGGGCUAACAGAUCCUGUUCAAUAUGAUUCGUCACCUAUAUCUCUAGGUCUAGACUCACUUAAGGCUUCAGAGUUCAGCCAACAGGUCAACCAACAGUUUGAAGUCAAUCUUGGAGCUCUUGAUUUUCUGAACGAUAAGAAUACAAUCGAAGAACUCGGGAAGACUAUCACAAAAUCCAUAUUCGCAAAGGAAGCAGAUGCAAGAGACGAAAGUGUGGAAAGUGACAACAGAGACUCUUCUACUCCAAAGGUUGUAGUCGUUGAGGGCGAAGCACCUUCAUCCGUUGCAGUCAAGCUUGUCUGCUUUCCUUCAAAUGGUGCAGGACCAUCUCUGUAUGCUUCCUGGAUUGGACACUUGAUUCGAUAUGGCAUUCAAGUAUUAAUGAUUCAGCUACCAGGUUGGGAAGGUCGAGAUGACGAGCAACCUUUAAACAACUUAAGUGAGAUCACACGACUGAUACGUGACAACUUAGUGACUAAACUAAAUGGAUCGCCUUUUGUAUUUUUUGGUCAUAGUAUGGGUAGCUUGAUCGCCUUCGAAGUUGCACAUCUUCUUGUAGCCGAAGACAGAUUGAGUCCCAAACAUUUGUUCAUCAGUUCAUGGUACGCACCAACAGUGCCAUACCCUCACCCAGAAGAGCUUAACAUUUCACACAGAGCAUUUGAUAGAAUCAAGGAGUUGUUGCAGUCGAAUCCACAAAUGCUUCGGAAAGUAUUGAAGGAAGAGAAGGUGAAAUUUAGUUUUCUGGACAACACUACUCUCUCCAACCUACCUCUUAUGCGUCGGUUGGUACCCUGCAUAGAAGCUGCAUCUAGCAUGUGUAAGUCCUACCCAACCAAUCCGCGGAAACCAAUGAAGUGCGGACUUACAGUUUUUGGCGGGAAAGAGGACACGUUUGUAUCUCCAGGAUUGCUUGAUGGUUGGGAAAUGCAGAGGACCAGAGAGUUUCGAUUCAAGAAGGUUCUGCUUCAAGGUAACCACAUGUACAUUCUGACCAGAUCUGCAGAGGUAUUAAAGGAGCUUUGCAAUGUAUGUACAUCUAUAAUCAAAAGAUAAACGAAACACUAGUACGUCCAGUUCAUACUGUUGUGACAUCGACCAAGGUAUGUCUGGUUGUUUGUUAUUGGUUGAGUUGCAUGUUCUUUGCGGCAUAAGACAUAAACAACUGUAUUACUCUCAAAAAAGAAAUUGCAUUGCUCAAACAAGUUU